CCAGAGGAAGGGCAGGCAGGGCAGCCAAUCAGAGCCCAGGAAAGGCACAAAACCGGGUGGCCGCGGGUGAGAGGAGGGCAGCCAAACCCGGGGGGCCAUGGAUGAACUGCAGCAGCUCCUGGAGUUUGAGAUCCCCACGGGCCGGGAGGCCCUCCGAAGCAACCACAGCAGCCUCCUCAGAGUUGCUGACUACUGUGAAAGCAACUAUGUCCAGGCCACAGAAAAGAGAAAAGCCCUGGAAGAAACCAUGGCCUUUACCACUCAAGCCCUGGCCAGUGUGGCCUACCAGAUCAGCAAUCUGGCUGGCCAUCUGCUGAAGAUGCUGGAUCUCCAGGACACUGGGCUGAGGCAGGUGGAGGCCAAUGUGAGCACUCUGGACCAGAUGGUGAACAUGCACAUGGAGAAGAUUGCCCGAAGGGAGAUUGGAACAUUGGCUGUGUUCCAGCGGCUGCAGACAAACCAAAAGAUCAUCCCCCCUGAGAACCUACCCGUGAUGGAGCCCUACUAUAGGAAACCUCUCAACUUCGCCUGCCUGGAUAAUGUUGGCCAUGGGAUUAAGGAUCUGAGCACUCAGCUGUCCAGAACUGGGACACUCUCCCGAAAGAGCAUCAAGGCUGCAGUUGCCCCUCCCUCAGGAACACUGGGUCGACUCCCCAGAGUCCCCCAACCUGUACAUCUCCCAGUCAUUCCUGAUGGCAAAAUCUCUGCCGCCUCCUCUCUGACUUCUUCCAGUAGCACUGAAGGUAUCUGUGGGAUCCCCGUGGCCAAGGUGCCAAUGAUGCCUCAAGCCCCAUCACUCCCUGAUUCUAUGUCCCCAAAUGAAGCACUGGAGAACUCUCUUUCUGAGGAGCUGUCCACACCCCAGCCAGUACCAGAUCUGCCCCCACCCCUAGACCUGCCUCCACCCUUGGAGAGUGAUGAACUGAUGCUCCCACCUCCUCCACCCCCUGACUUUGAUCCAGAAGAACCAACUUGGGCCCCUGCUCAGUACUUGGAGAAAGUGGUAACGUUGUACCCUUACACCUGCCAAAAAGACAACGAGCUCUCCUUUGAUGUGGGCACUACCAUCUGUGUCACCCGCCGAUACUCGGAUGGCUGGUGUGAGGGUGUCACCUCUGAGGGUUCUGGCUUCUUCCCUGGAAACUACGUGGAACCAAGCUGCUAAUAGCCUGUCCUUCAUGCCACCUGGGAAUUCUGGUACCAAAAAAAGGGACAAAAUGAUGCCUUCUUAACCUUUCCCCCAACAUUCCCAAGUAGCUCCAGCCUUUCAGACAAGCUUUUCCCCUGCACCUGGGGAGAAGGGGGGAAGACAAAGCUCAGCAGUGAGACAAAAACAGAAAUGAGGCAUCAGCUCCAGAGGAUCCUGAGACUGCACUUUUUUUUGGUCUUGUGGGAGGGUGGUGGAAUUGUUUGAAGAGAGGCGAUGUUGGGUGGGGAAACCCGUUCCCUUCAUGGCGAAGGGAGAUGGAGAGGCAACAACAAAGGAUGGUGUUGGCAGAUGUUUUGUUGGUAGGUGAGGCCGGUGGUCUAAAAUUUGGCGAUCAUGUAUCCAAGAAUGGAGAUUAGCCCUCCCACUCCUCUGAAUAAAACCCUUGAAAAGCUCGA